UUGACAUUUUUCUUCCACACCUAUAUAUAUGGUUCACUUGCAGCUUGUUCAGCUGUCUCCGUUGCUGUAAAACAGUAUUUACCGGAUUGGGUUCUACUAAGCAUACCGAUUGGAAGAAUCAAGAAUACUCAUCUUCCAGCUUGCAUAUUUUUUGCCUCAUCGAUUUUGGUUUUGUUCAAUCUUCUUCGUAUGGUAUCAUUACUUCAAAUCUUACUUGGUAUUCAAAUUAGUUGGAUGUACUUGCGUUUUUUGCAACCACAUGGAGAUGCAGAACCGAGAGGUGAUGCAAAUGAACAUUUCGCAUGGGAAACUCUCUUUCCUUCGAAGUUACAACCGUUUAUGAGAGUUUUAUCUUCAACAGCAUAUUCAUGUUUAAUAAAAACACAUUUCUGUAAACCAAUGGCGAGGCAUAUCGAUCUGUCUCAUCUAGAUUCUUUGAGUGUAAUUAUUCCUAAUUUGCAAUCUAAAGAUACAGAAAGAAGGCGGCAGAAAGCACUACGUGAUUUGACCGAACGUUUGAAUCGAGUUCAGCGAGCUGAACUUGCUGUAUGGCCAGAGAUGGAUGACAUUAGUGGAUGUAGUGUAGCGGAAGAUAUUGAGAAUAAAAUGGAGCAGAAGGAGAAAACAGAAGUACAAAGUCCUGUAAGUUAUAAACUUUUUGUUUUGGUUUUAUAUAUUUUGAUGAAGUAA